ACGUGGAAAGGGGCUGUCGUACUCAGCUCUUGUUCCCCGGAGUUUGCGAAUCUCGGGUCCGAGAUGGAGAAAGUCUGUGCUAUUUUUGGAGGCUCUCGGGGCAUUGGUAGGGCGGUGGCCCAGUUAAUGGCCCAGAAAGGCUACCGGCUGGCGAUCAUCGCCAGAAACCUGGAAGUGGCCCAAGCCGCCGCGGGUGACCUCGGCGGAGGUCAUUUGGCAUUUAGCUGUGAUGUUGCUAAAGAACAUGAUGUUCAAAAUACAUUUGAAGAGAUGGAGAAACAUUUAGGUCAAGUAAAUUUCUUGGUAAAUGCUGCUGGUAUUAACAGGGAUAGUCUUUUAGUAAGGACAAAAACUGAAGAUAUGAUAUCUCAGCUUCAUACUAACCUCUUGGGUUCCAUGCUGACAUGUAAAGCUGCCAUGAGAACUAUGAUUCAACAACAGGGAGGGUCUAUUGUUAAUGUAGGAAGUAUUAUUGGUUUAAAAGGCAAUUCUGGCCAGUCUGUGUACAGUGCCAGUAAAGGGGGAUUAGUUGGAUUUUCACGUGCUCUUGCUAAAGAGGUAUCAAGAAAGAAAAUUAGAGUGAAUGUAGUUGCACCAGGAUUUGUUCAUACAGACAUGACGAAAGACUUGAAAGAAGAACAUUUAAAGAAAAAUAUUCCUCUCGGGAGGUUUGGAGAACCUGUUGAGGUGGCACAUGCAGUUGUGUUUCUUUUAGAAUCACGAUAUAUUACAGGGCAUGUUCUAGUAGUGGACGGGGGGUUACAACUCGUGAUGUAAUUUACAGAUUAUUCAGUUAUAAUGAUGGUUAGAAUCAAGGACACACUUUGGCUAUUAAUUAAACAAUCAUACCUACAUGGAUGACAUUUACUAAUGAAACCUACUGGUGCUACAAAUGUUGAUUUCCAUCUUUAUGUGAAUAUGCCUGAAAAGAACAGUGUGUGACCAGUUGUGUUUUUUAAAAGGGCAUGUAUCAUCUAUCUUUGGUUACCUUAUGGACUGUAGCAAUUUUAGCAUAUAGACAUUUUGCAUGAUGUAUAAACAGAUAUUAAUUUAUAUAUUUUGCCUCAAAGGUAGGAAAAUAUGUAUUGUCUAAUCAUGAUGAGUUAUUUCAUUGUAUUAGGCUGAAUUUUCUAGAAGUUAACCUUGGGGGCCAUUGCCAAAAUAAGAAUAUUUAUAGGAUGUUGAUUAGUUGUGGAUACUUCAGCAACUUGCUGAAAAUAAACAUUGUAUGCCUUUUA